AUGUCUAGUUCCGGACCAAACUACUCUUUCUCCGACCAAGGCUGGAGGCCGUUCACUGUAUUACAUUCCUCUACUGUCACUCCUUUUAAUGGAGGGCUACCUGGCGUCAUCAAUCAGAGACUUGAAUCGCGGCCAAGGGCAUCCAAGGCGUCCAUAGAGGCUAUGCCGCAGGUGAAAGUGGCAUACGAGGAAGGAGAUGAAUGCAGUAUCUGCUUGGUUGGCUUGAAGGUCGGCGACGAACUCAAGGAAUUGCCUUGCAAGCAUAGGUUCCACGGGGACUGUAUCGAAAAGUGGAUGGGAAUGAGCACUCUCUGCCCGCUUUGUAGGUUCUCUUUGCCUGCAGAGUCAGAAGAGGAAGUAAACAGUGAUAAUAUUAGAAAUUACAUUAACCUCACUAUGUCUUUUAUUGAUGCUGCGCUUGCUAGUGAUAUUCAAUCUGAAACUCAUGAAGAAGAAAAUACCGGAGGUGAAUGGGAUUGGGAUACAAGCACAGUCGAUGAAGCUGAUGAUCACACAAGUUUCAGAUUACGUUUUAAUAUAGACGCUGUAAAUGAAUUAUCAGACGAUGAUGGUUAUUAA